AUGGAGCAGAGGAGAUGGCUCGUGUUGGCUCUAGCACUGCUUCUGGCCWUCCCUCUCYCAGACAAUUUUGAGCUCGCCUCUCCCAAGAAUGUAGUUGGAAUUGUUGGCCAGGAUACAAUCCUUCCUUGCACCAUCUCUUCCACAAAGCCACUGGACAACCCUAAAGUGCAAUGGAAGAAAAUCACAGAUGGACACACAGAGGACAUCUACAYAUAUGGGCAGUUUGGGGGAGAACCAAGGCAGAAAUACCCUGGGCGGACAUCAGUGCCAGGAGAUGGAUUUGCCACUGGGAACGUGUCCUUGACACUGAAGAAUGUYCAGCCAGCAGAUGAAGGAAUUUACAGUUGCAUUGUGAUAUCCAGGGACUGGAGCGCUGAUACAGCCACCAARCUCAGCAUUGCAGGUACCGGGGAAGUGUUCAUUGAAAUUCAGGGCCCCCAAGGGCGAGGGUUUGAGCUUGACUGCAGAUCACAUGGAUGGUUCCCCGAACCUACUGUGCAGUGGGUUACUGAGGAUGGGCAGGAGCUGUCUGCAGCCAGUGAGAUUCACCAGGACAGUGAGAAACUCUUCAGUGUGCRGAGUCAAGUCACAGUUACAGGAGAGCAAGUAAGAAAAGUCACCUGUCAAAUCCUGAACCCCCUGCUGCAGGUGGAGAAGAAAACUACUGUGCUCAUCUCAGGAAAGACAGUGGAUGCCUUGGAAUCUAUGUGUCUGAAGGACCACCAGCACCUCUACCAAAAAAUUAAGACUCUGCAAGAAGCAUUCCAGAAUGAGCAGGAGUAUAGACAGCGUGAUCUUCAGCUCCUCAGAACAGACCUGAGGGCUGAACUAGGAUUGACAAUAGAGGCAAAUACUACAAACACCCUGGAGUCCAUGUGGAAGAAGGACCUCCAUGAAGUGUCCCAACAAGUUCAAACUCUGCAGAAAGCUUUUCAAAACACCCAGGUGUGCACACAGCGUGACCUUCAGAUGAUCAGAACAAAUCUGAAGGAUGAACUAGGAAAGACAAUGGAGGCAAAUGUCACAGGAAAUGUAGCAUUCAUGUGGCAGAAGGACCUCCUGCAGCUCUCCCAACACAUACAAACUCUGAAGCAAACUUUCCAGAACAUGAAGGUCACCACACAGCGUGAUCUUCAAAUGGUCAGAAGAGACCUGGAGAACACACUAGGAAGAACACUGGAGGCAAAUACAAGUGCCUUAGAAUCCAGGCUGGAGAAGGACCUCCAUGAAACCUCCCAACAAACUCAAACUCUUCAGGAAGCAUUYGAGAACCUACAUGAGUCCACACAGCGUGACCUUCAGAUGAUCAGAACAGACCUGGAGCAUGACCUAGGUCUUCCAGAACUAAGGUCCUACAAAGAGUUUGUCACCCUGGACAGUGACACAGCGCAUCCCAGAUUGGAAGUCUCUGCAGAUGGGAGUAGAGUAAAAGAUACUGGUGUCAUCAGAUUCUUGCUCAGCAAUGAGAAGAGAUUUGAUUCCCAUCUGUUUGUGUUGGCAGAGAAAGGAUACACAACUGGGAAACACUAUUGGGAAGUAAAUGUUGGGACAAGAACMAACUGGGCUGUGGGUAUUGCCCUGGAAUCUGUGACUCGCAAAGGGACAUUGACUCUGACCCCUCAGAAUGGCUUCUGGAUUAUCAUGUGUGCAGAUGGGCAAGAUUAUUGGGCCUACACCAAUCCUUGGACCUGUCUGACUGUGACCGGCUCUUUGUCAAAGAUCGGGAUCUUCUUGGACAUCCCAGCCAAGCAGGUGUCUUUUUACAAUGUUUCUAAGAGAGCAGCUUUGUACACUUUUAGCAUUGCCAAUGGCAGCAGCCAGGAAGGGAAAUUCAUUCCCUUGUUCUCCACAGGCCUUGCUGUUGCUGAGCCUGACACUGAGGCUCUGGAAAUAGUGCAGUUUUCUGAUGAUUAUGAUGAUGAUGAGUAA